UAAAAAUACAAAUAAUAAAAUUUGAAUGACAGUAAUACCGAAAAAAAAUCAUAUUUCACGAACAUGUAUCCCCUUUGCUAAUAACGAAUUUUUCUCUGUCUGUCCGCAAAUCUACAUUUGGUCCAGAUAAUCCGAAGGCUUUGAACAUAGUUUUGCACUUGCAAGAUAACUUAGAACGGAUUAGUAAAGCAGUUGAACCACAAUGCUCGCAUAUUUGUGUUGUGUUCUCAUUUUUCUAACUGUACAUCUUUCUACAAUUCAAUGUGAGUUAACACCGAAUGAUGUAAAGACGGUGUUACAACAAUGUCAGAAAAACCUUAACACGUCACAUGAGCUGGACAAGAAUGACAAGCUUCUGCUAGCGAACUGGACGGCGGAAUUCCAGAUGAAGCAGGUCAAUAUAACAUCUCACUACAGACUCGAAAUGACGCGACACAGAGAGCAUAACUUUAAGAAAGUCAAUUUAAACACCAAGUGGAAGGAAUGUUUAAGAUUACAUAAUAAAGAAAUUAGAAAUUCUAAGCGAUCCUACUUCGAAAGAGAAGCAGAAUGCCUGAAGGCCGCGAACUCUGCCGACAGAGAUAGAACAAGAGCCGUUAAACAAGUUGAAAAGGAGAUAAAGAAAUGGCGUAAGAGUUACAAAUAUUUGUCAAACUUAUGUGACGUUGAUAAUCCAAGCGACAAAGACACUGCUGACCGAUGUCUGGCCGAGUAUGUGAGAAGAGACAACUACGAUUCUACAUUUGAGAGAUUGAUACUUCUGAAGUUAGACACAAUGUCAGAUCUCUUGGACCAAAUGAACCGAUGCCUUAACGAGCUAGAAGACUGUUUAAGGUCGAGUUUUUCUGACAAUUUGCAAAGCAUUAGAGCAGUCAUGAAUAUUUUGGGACAGUGUUAUAAUAGAAAUAGAGAAAAUUAAUAAAUAAAAAAAGCUAAAAUGUACUUUGUUAUAAAUUUUAAUCAGUAUAAAAGGAAAAUUAGAGGUUUCCUUACGUUUGAAAGGUUAUUUUAAUUUUAAAAUAAAUUAAUGUUUAAUACAGAGUUGAGAUUUUUUUGGGAAUUUUUAUGGUUUUUGAGAUAAGGGUU